GGCGGAGGGAGUGACGUCAGAUGCUUUGAAAAGAAGCGGCAGGAGGCAGCGAGUAGUGAGUUUAUAGUAGAGAGUGUUAAACAAUAGAUGAAAUACAGUAAAAAUGGCUUUAUUAACUCCUUACAGCAAAAUCCCCGAGCUCAACACCGCCACGCUGCUCCUGGUUGAAAAUGAGGAGCAGUUUCAGUGCAGGUUGGCAGAUGCUAUAGUGCAGCGUGAGAAGGAUGUCAACGUGAAUGUGCGUCUGGCUCGAAAGCUCCCUCUACCUGUGGAAAACGGCGAGACCCGUCCUCGUAUCGAUCUGGUGGUCUUCAUAGUCAACCUGCUGUCUGAGCAAAGCUUUCUCGUAGUGGAGAAUUCUCUGAAUCACUUGAGUUCAGAUUACUUCUUAGGGAAGGUGUGCUUUGUGGUCACUUCAGCUCGCUGUGGAGCUGUUUCUCAGGAGCGUUUGUUGAGUGUGAGGAAACUGGCUGCGUCUCACCGCUGCCCUGUGAUCUGCGCUGAACACCAGACAGACGAUGGCGUUACAAUGGCAGCCACCAGGCUUCUCACCAUCUUGAAGGUUUCUGCUGGACUGUCCCCAAUGCCAACCACUGCCCUCUACAUGUCCACCCUGACCCGCUGCACUGUGCCAUCUGACUUAGAUGAGGACUGAUCUUUACUGUGGACUGUUAUUUCUAUAAUUAUGUUCGUAGAUGGAAAACCAGAUGAAUUUGGAUCAAAACAAGACUUGCAGACAGACUGGUUCAGACUUUUAGACUUUAAUUUUAGAUCAACCCAAAAGGGCAGUUGAUAAAGGUGCAGAGAACCGAAGUCUGAACCAGAGGAUCAUCUGAACCAUGAUUCUGUUCGUUUGCAGUGUGAAAACUUAUUUUUCUAGAUGAUUCAAACUACAAGAAUUGAGGCAGGUCACAGUCACCCAUUAAACGACGGAAUAAUAAAAAGAAGUGUUGUUGGGCCGGGGAAAAAAAGAGAGAAUGACUUCUGCUGAUUCUGUAUCUACUGUAACUGUAGAUUAACUCUUAUUUAUACAUUGAAAUAAAUCUGAAGGCAUCUGAUGGGAAUCUGUAACACCUACCCUGCUAUAGGAUACAUAUGCACUCAAAGGGGAUCAGGUUUUGGCAGGGAGGCAGAAUUCGGCACAGCGCUCGUUAAACACGACUUGCUAAACUAACAAUGUGCCACCAUCCAAUGAUGCCUGUCCUCCUACAAACUAAUCAAUGUCACAUAUAGGGAGAAGCUGCCUAUCUAGGCAUUGAUGACAGGAAGUUGCAACGUUCUUAAAUUCUCUAGUGUAACAAACACAUGAGCUUUGGUUCAAAUUUUGGCAAAGACUUUCUGGUGUGAAAACCCCUAAAUAUAAUUCUAUAUUCAGGACAUUGCAUUAGAAUAUUCCCCUUCACUCUGAAGUAAUUAACCAAUCAGGACACAUUUGGUGUCUGCCAUUUACAUCUGUAGUUUUACAGCAAUAAAGCAGAACGAUGCUAACUGUACACAAGCUAGCAAAUUGCUAACUUUAUCCUUAAUUAAUCACACAUACGUUAGCCUCAUAGCUCCAGUGUAAAACUAAAGAAGCAAACUUCAGACAUUAUAGCUGUCUUGGCUGGUAGGCUGCAUUUUGGUUUUAGCAUUUUUUUUUUUGGAUUAAAGGAUUACUGCUUUAAACAAACUUUUUAUGUGCUGUGUAAGAACCAAAACACACCUUGCUCUUUUUAGAAUUGCUCUUAACUUAUCGUCUUACCACCCUAAUGUAUAUGUUGUAGAUACAUGUAACUAAGUAUGUUGAUGUGCUCAUUAAAAUCUGUGCCAUGUACUUUCA